AAAGGCAAAUUUUAUCUCAGGCGCCGCCGCGAAACAGCAAAAAUCCAAAAGAUCGGCGAAGAUUUGAGAGAUGCAAGGAGGAGUGUGGAGCCAACUAUGGAGGAAAUACGCUGAUUAUAAGUACAACAAGUUCGAGAGAUUCGCUGUUUGGGAAAUGAUCGAACCUUACCGCCGACCAAAAACCUUCACGGCUCUGAUUACGAUCUAUGUCGCCGCCUUUUACACCGGCGUCAUCGGCGCUGCAGUUACAGAGCAACUCUACAAGGAGAAGUUUUGGGAAGAGCACCCGGGGAAAACGGUGCCUCUGAUGAAGCCUGUAUUCUAUCGAGGACCAUGGAGAGUUUAUCGCGGUGAGGCUAUUGCUUCUGAUGCUAGCAGUCUGUGAAGGUAACAACGAUUUAGGCUAAUCAGAGACUAUGGUCAAAAGAUAUAACUCCGCUAUGUGCAUCCUUUAUGCUGGUGUUUAUAAACCAACUUUUGUGUUCUGUAUGUAUCCUACUGAAAGUUGUUUAAAUGUUCUCUAGGCAUCUGGUCGGUAUAUUAUGCUUGUAGACAACAAUAAGGUCUAUUGACGAAUAGACUCUCUUAAAGAAUUUGAUUUUUCCUACUUGUAAUGGCAGUCUCAUUAUAGUAUUAAUGAUUUGAUAAGGGUAUCCAUCUAUUCCUUUGGAUACCUCUCAUUUCCA